AUGAAUGUUGAAGAAAAUAAAAUGGUACCUAGUGUAGAGGAAAAAACUGCUACAAAUGGAGAUAUGACAAGCGGAAAGAAUAUAUCAGAUAGCUUAGGAACGAUAAAAGUUGCGAUUUCUAACACUUUAGGAUUUGUUGAAUCAGAACCUCUGAUUGGUAUCUCUGAUGGGAUAGGUAUUAAAAAUUACGCUCGAAACAUUUAA